AUGUCGAUAUCAUUAGGGUUGCAUAGAUCGGAUUAUCUUUUGCACGUUUCACCUAACGCCGACGAAGCUCAUAUCAAACAAGUGGAGUUCAACACAAUUGCAUCUUCUUUCUCAAGUUUAACAUUUUUGACAGGGGAUUUACACAAGUAUCUUUCCAAAUCAACCAAUUAUUUACAAUCUCUCGAUGUUAAAGCCCUCCCAUCAAACGAAUCGAUGACCAGUCUGCCGAGGGGAAUCGCAAAAGCUCACCAGCUUUAUGGGUCAAAGAGUCACGAAGUACACCUCAUUCGCAGAACUCUCUUGGAUAUCUAUCAUGAGGGAAAAUUGGAUCCGAAAACCAAAGCAUUGACAAUGUAUGAGAUCCUCUUAACCCAAUAUAAUCCCCGAAACAUCAUCAAUUCACACAAAGAUGUUUCGAAAAAGGUAAUAUCGCAUAGGUACAUCGCCAAUCCACAAGAGGUCGAAAAGUUACGCUCGUGUUUUACCGGAUUGUACUCUCUGGAUUCGUCUCCUGAAGGAGAAAAGACUGUAAAGGCUGCUUUGGAAAAUCCGGAGCGCUAUGUGAUGAAGCCUCAGCGUGAAGGCGGAGGAAAUAAUGUAUACGCGCAAGAUAUCCCACCGAUUCUAUCAAAAUUAACUCCAUCCGAACGUUCCUCUUACAUUUUAAUGGAUUUGAUACAACCUCCACCAAUGAGGAACAUCUUACUGAAACAAGGUGAAGUAAUCGAAGAUGACGUGGUGUCGGAAUUGGGGGUUUACGGGAUAAUCAUCGGGAAGGGGGAGGAGGAGAUUGUCAACGAAGUGGGAGGACAUUUGUUGAGAACCAAGGGAAGAGAGACUAACGAAGGUGGAAUCGCCAAGGGAUUUGCGGUUCUCGACUCACCUCUGCUGUUUUAA